AUGUACUUAGUCAGUCAAGGUAAUCAGAAUAAAAAAUUAUUACCAGUAGAAGAAAACUUCGCCUAUAAAAGUUCACAUUUCUCACAUGAAAUUCAUAUAACCACCAGCUAUUUUUGGAUAAUUCAUUUCGAUACAGAUAAUGAAGCACUUAUCAAUGAAUAUUUUUCAUCAGAAAAAGUUGAUCAAGCUGCUGAACAUUGUCUACGUUUAAUUGGUAGUAAAACAAUGGUAUCAUCACAUGAUACCAAUCCGAAUUAUCACAAUAAUCCUGAUGAAAGUACACUAAGUUAUACAGCACGUAAAUUAAAAUGGCGACUUUGCAUUCUCAAAGAAUUGGAUCGUAUUAAUCGUGGUUUAUAUUCAUGGAAUAUUGGUUCAUUAUUUCAAUAUCAUAAAGAUACCGAUACAGAAGAAUAAAUUCACUUAAACAUGAAAUUAAAACGAUUAAAACAACAGAAAAAAAUACUUACCAACAGAAAAAAACAAUACAAAAACGAUUUAACAAACAAACUCUAUUUUCCUUUUCAACAACAAUCUUAAACACCAUUGUUUCGUUUAUAAAAUAAAAACUAAAGUAAAAAUGAUGAAGAUAUUACUUGUAAAAUUGUGAUGAAUUUUGUAACUGAUAAAUAUUAUUCUCUAUGAAUAAUUUUUUUUUCUCUUCCCGUCUAAUGUUUACUCAUACAUAUAAAUAUUGAUAUAAAUAAAAAAUGUUUC